AACACACAAGAAGAAGAGCACAGGCAAAGAGAGAGAGAGAGAGAGAGAGAGAGAGAAAUCGGAGAGAAUGCUUCUCUCCGGCAACCUUCUCUCCUACCCAACCAAACCUUCAACUCCGAUCAAAACCCUAGUCACCUCUUCUCCCCUCCGACUUCCAUCGCUGCCUUGCAAGAAGCUUGCCAAGCUCUCCGCCGCCGCCUCCUCCUCGUCCUCGUCCUCAGCUUCGACCACAGUUCUCCAACCCACGCAACCUUUGAUUCCAGUUUGGACUGAGUUCUCCGCCCGUGUUUCCGGCGAAUGGGACGGAUUCGGAGCUGAUUUCACCUCCGCUGGCUGGCCGAUCGAGCUCCCGGAGAACGUCGUCCCUGAGGCUUACCGUGAGUGGGGAGUUGAGGUUUUUGAUUGGCAAACCCAGUGCCCUACCCUCGCUUCGGAAUCCGGUGAUCGGAGUUUCUUCUAUAAGCUCAUCAGGCUGCUUCCCACCGUCGGCUGCGAGGCUGAUGCCGCGACGAGACACAGCGUCGAGGAGCGCGUCGUUGGAGACCUCGAGAAUGGGGCUCUGGCGUUCGGCUACGAUUCUAGUGGUUGUUACGUCGCUGUUUGGCCGCGCGCUGCUGGAGUUUUGGAGCUGGAGCAUUGUUUGGUUGAUCCCCGGAAUCGGGAGGAGAGAGUGAGGGUUGUGCAGGUGGUGAAGUUGGAAGGAAAGGAGAUGAGAUUGGCCGGGAUUAAGGUUUUCUCUGAGCAAUGGUAUGGGCCUUUCCGGAAUGGGGAGCAGUUGGGAGGGUGUGCGAUAAGGGAGUCAGGGUUUGCAGCUACAAAGAAGGUGGAGGUCUCCGAGGUCGUCGGCGAGUGGCAGAGUACUACUUCGGCCGCUUUGAGGUUUCAGGCUGGAGAAAAAGAUGUAUUUCGUGAACUUAUUGAGGACAGGCCACAAAAAUCCAUCAGAGAUGAGGUAGAUCUUGUAGCAUUACCAAAGCAGUUGUGGUGUUUACUGAAUGAAAAGAAUGUUGGUGAGGUAUCAGCAGAAGUUGGAUGGCUGUUUGACCAUGGCCAUGCCCUGACAUCAAGAUGUGUUUUCCUUCAGGAUGGAAGACUAAAGGAGAUAGCAUUAUCACAGGAAGUUGCGGUGUCAUCAAAGACAUGAUCAUUAUUUGUGUAAGCCUCCAUUGCCAUUUUAGUUGACAUGGCAUGAUCAUAUAUGAUAUACCAUAUACCCUAAAUAUCAAUCACUCCCAAAAGGAAUUAUAGUUUUUUUUUUCUUUUUUUUAGUUUCAUUAUUAACUAUUUCACAAAUAUUAUAAAAUGUAAAUAACUCCAUUGCUUGACUGUUGGAUAAUGCAUCACAAUCAAGCAUGAAGUUGUAAACACACGAUGUUAUAUCUUUGUUGUGCAUUUAUUACUAUUUUGGGGUUUUUAUCUAA